GACACACACAUAUUACACUUAGUGUACACAUGCUCUUAGUGAAGUAAAUUGGUAUCUUUGUUAAUCUUGCUUCACACUCUGAGGAGUAAAGUCAAAAAGCAUGCAUUUGGAAGUUUGUGAGGAACAGAAGGGAAACGUGUCAUUCUACAGAGGUAAAAGUUUGUCUCUCAAAUAUGUGCUAGGCUAAGAUACAAGAGAUCUGGCUUUGGUUCUUGGCUGUGACCCAGGUCUUACAGUUAGAGUAGCUUUAACAGAAUCCAUUAUACAGUCACUUACUAGCUCAAACGUAAUCCAUUGUAUGGCAUUAACAGCAAGACUUGAUAAAACCUUAGGCCACAAGCAGUGACCUUAUGCAGAACUUACAUGUAGUUUCAUGACUGGUGCAUCCUGUAAAAAAUGCAUCCAUCAGCAGUAGCUGCAUCCUGUGAAAAAUAAGGUUGUGACAUCUGUCAGCAGAGGCUGCAUCCUUGAGAUAAGGAAUGGCCCAUGUGAAGGCAGAAAAAGGACCCAUUGAGGAACAAGAAGACCCCAGACCCAAAUAUUAUUAUUGCACUGAACCAUCGCAUGAGGGAAGGGGAACUUAGAUUGUAAGAGUUUAAUUGCCCAGGAAUUUCUUUGUUCAGGACCCCUCUCCAGAGGCAUCCAACUUGAGCUAUACCAAUCAGUAAAUUCACCUGAUGUAUGUCAUGUCAGAGUCUCUGCUUCGGGACACCUAGGCUUGAGCCUGAGGGAGGAGGAAGUGCCCAAGGGAGAUUGUGUGUGCAAGUGAGGAGUUAAGAAGGGGCACCCAUCAGCUCACUGGCAUCACCCACUGUGAAGGGGCUUUGGUCUUAGCUGUGAAAGUCUUGGGCUUAGACAAAUAGUGCAGGUUUGGCAGCCGCUGCCCCAGUGAUACCUUGUAAUGCAGGGAGGAUGCAUCAGAUGUGAAGGAACGAAGGCAUGAACAGAGCAGGGGUGCUUUCCUUCUGCAGCCAGCCAUGUUACACCAAACCUGGCCUCUCUUUGGGAGGUGGUGCCGUUGGUCCAGUCCUUUUAUCCAUCUGUUCACACUGACUGUGGUGACAUUUGGUGUGCUCGCACCUUUGAUUUGCCACCGGCUUCUCCACUCUUACUUCUAUUUGCGGCACUGGCACCUGAACCCCAUGAGCCAGGAGUUUCUGGAGCAGAACCAGCAGGAGGGCCAGGCUGCCCUGCAUUACUUUGAGAAGCUGCAGAUACCAAAUGCCUCUGAGGCCUCUGGCAGUGAUGCCUUCCAGCCCUUGCUGCUGGUCACCAUUAUCACUGUGCAGAGGCGGAAUGAUUUCCACUAUGUCUUGCAAGUGGCCUCCCACUUCCACCGCCUCCUCCAGAAAUGUGGUGCACAUUGCCAGAGCCACCGCAUACUCAUUUGUAAUGUGGAGUCAGACCCCAGUAGUCAUCAGGAUGUCAGGCUGCUGAGCAGCUUCUUUCCUAUGGUCAGUCGUGACAAAACUGGAGAGAACCCUGACCCCAGCAUGAACCAGUUCGAGAAGGAGAAGCAGGACUAUGUCUUCUGCCUUGAACAAUCGCUGUUGGCGUACAACCCAGAAUACAUCCUCAUAGUGGAAGACGAUGCUGUACCAGAGGAGGAGAUAUUCACUGUCUUACAGCACCUCUUGUUGGCCCGGUUCUCCAAACCAUACCUCAGAGACGCGCUCUACUUCAAGCUGUACCACCCCGAGAGGCUUCAGCGCUACUUCAACCCUGAACCCAUGAGAAUCCUUGAGUGGCUAGGUCUGGGCAUGUUUCUGGGGCCUGUGUUGAACUGCGUGUACUCCUGGGCAACUGGGCGCCCCAGCCUCAGUUGGCCCAUGGUCUUGUUCUUUGCUGUGUACAGUAUGGCUUUGUCAGAGCUGGUGGGACGGCAUUACAUGCUGGAGCUGCGCCGGCUGGCCCCCACACUCUAUAAUAUUGUGCCAGUCACCGAGUGCUGCACGCCUGCCAUGCUCUUCUCUGCUCCAUCUGCCCACCGUGCCUUAGGUUACCUGAAGGGGCUGCACUGCCGCCAGGGUUUUGCUAAGGAUAUUGCCCUCUACUCCCUGCUGCGUACUAAGGGGGAGAAUGCCUACGUGGUGGAACCCAACCUGGUUCGGCAUGUGGGAAUGUAUUCCAGCCUUCGGCUAAAUGACAACCCAAAACUGCUGUGAGCUGUUCAUGCCUUUCCAGACACAAAGCACAGAUAAGUUGGGUAGAACUCAGAUGAUGUGCUACACUCACUGGGCAUCCCGUGCCUCCAAGGUGGGCAAAGAAUAAGUCUCCUUUAAAAAAAAAAAAAAGUUUCUUAAAAAUAAACUUAUGUAUGUGCAGCCCCUAUUUAAUAUAUAUACUUGGGAACUGAUGACCAUGAACCGUGUGGAAGGGGAGUGGGGAUGGAGUGGGGAUUCCAGCUGAGGGUGUGGAUUGUCUGCUCUCCUUAAUCAUUCUUAGGGAAAAGCUCUCACACCAGUAUAAACAGCUAUACUGCCUACUCUCCUUUACAUUCUCACCUUAGGGCAACAGAAAGUUGGAUAAAGUGAAUGUUUCAGAUUUUAGCUUGUGAGGAGGAAAAGCCCUUAUUCUCCCACCCUUACUAAGGUCUGAUCUCUGACCUCUGUUUCAAAGCUGUGGUUUAGGGCACACCUUUCAAAAGCAGGAGUGGUUUAAGUGAACUUUCCCACAAAUUUCACCUAUUGUUCAAGUUUUAUAAAGCCUCUUAUUUGUAAGUCUCUCCCCCUGCAGAUCCUGUCUGCACCUCCACCCUUCCCCACUCUUUUUCUUGCAACAGAGGCUCUUAAAAAGAAAGCCUCUGUUGCUUCAUUAAUGGUCAACUUUUAAGGUGGGAGUAGGAAAAGAGCAACAGCCACUGAUGUUACACAGCCAGGUCACAAAUGGAUGUUUUCACUGAUACAUUACAGACAUCAUAAACAACAGGAUAACUACUGUUGGUUGGUAUCAUCACUAGUUGUAGUGAAUCCAGGUCAUUAAAAGGCCUUAUCAGUUGCUGAUUGGGCUUAGACAUUCAACAUUAAUUUACCUUGACUUCCUAUCAGCACAGAGGCAAAGGAAAGAUUAGAUCAGGUGCUGCUGUUGUGCAGGAUCCUUGUUUCAUUUUGGAGCUGUAGUUGACAGCUCAGCCUGAGUGGUUCAUUCUCUGGUCGGCAGCAAGCUAAAUACCCAUAGGAAACAAAGCUAGGUGUUCAUAAAAACAAGCAAUAGCACAACACAUCAAGGGCCCACGCUGAUACUGAUCUGUUAACUUAAUGUGCUCUGGUUGUUAGGCAUUUGGGUUAAGUACUCUGUACCACAGCUGUGGGCACAGUUAGAUAUAAAACCAUGCAGAUGACAGAUCUCUUUCAGAAUUAUAACUGACAUCAAAAAGUUAAGGUCUAAUGGAAAGCCAACAUUGACUUAAGUGGGCCUUAAAUCAAAUUCACUUACAUCUGGAGUUUGGUUGAACUAUUUUUGAAAUUAUAUUCCUAGCUUUGGAAUGAACCAAGUACAAUAUUUUUGUUGUGUUUUGUUAGUGAGGUUGUUUGGUUUUUUGGUUUUGGUGCAGGAAGAGCUUUGAAUUUUCUUUCCCCCACUCUCUCCCAGGUGAUUUACGCCUUAAGCUCUUUAACAAGUCUGGUUGUACAUGUGAGAGACAUAAACCACCUGAGAGAUGACACCAAGAAAGUUGCAAACCUACAGCUGUCAGCAUGUGAAGGGUGUCUAUUACACAACACCAAAGCAUAAUGCAAGUUAGCGGGGAAAUGGCUUCAUAGCACAGAGCAGCACUUUGGUCUCUUAGCAAUCAGCUGGCGUACUUCUCUAACACCUUUGGAAAUGAGAUGUAACUAAAAACUGCUUGUGGAUUCCAUGCCAUUUCAAAGGAAAGGCACCUCUCCUGUCAGAGGAUGCAGGAGAAAUUGCACAGGCAGAACCACAAUUUAUUCUCAGCGGCUGAAAAUCCCAAAGAUACCAGAGUGGUCACCCGGUGGCAGGUGGGCAAACAUAUUCUCAGGCUUUAAUGUAGUAUGGUUAAGGUAGCAGGAUUUAACAUGACUGUAUAUUUACUCCACUAAGUGCCUGCGUGUGUGAGAAAAUGCAACCUGUUAAUGCAUUUUCAGCUGUGAAUGUUUCAGUGCGGUGUGCAUUCUCUUCACUCUUUUUUCUAUUGUUGUACUAUACAAAUCCAGAACAGUGCCCUGUUCUUUUCAUGAGGAUCCAUUCAUACUCCUUCUUGCAAAGAAAAUCUCACAGCAAAGUACAAUAUAUGGGACAGAGAAAGGAAAAAGGAAGAAGAAAAAGAAAGUUCGAAACCAACUAACUAUAUGCAGUUAAUAAAUGUUUUGGUGUGGGAAAUGAUUUACCCAUUUGUCUUGAAGUUAUUUUCCUUGUUUGCCCAGUAGUACUUUGUCAUCCCACAAGUCCAGUGGAGGUCAGUAAUUUCGCUGAGCUUCACAGCUGAAAAUUAAGAACAUAAAUUCGAGGCAUUCCUUCUAAACUGUAAGACAAUUUACAGAGCAUAAGAGAUGAGACAAGUUGACUGAGACACCAAACAAUAGGCAGAGGGCCUACAGCUUGAACCUGCUAGUGCAAGAGUGUCAGAUACAAACAAACUCCUUUGUGCAAGGAGCAUGUUAAUAAAUUAGACAGGUCCUUCUGGAAUAUUUUCCUUAAGUGCCCAAUUCACCUUUACAACAGAGGUGCUGCUUUUACUGAGCCUGCUGGGGGAUAUUUCCAAGUUACUGAGGUACUUGCUCAGUGCCCACCAUGCCAAUGUGACAUCUCAGGCAAGAGUUGCUUCUGCUGUUGCCUCUGAACUUUCAUAAGUAGACUGAUUUUUGUUUUCCGUGCCACGUGCUUUAUUAGAAAUAACAAGUCAGAGAAGUGUACUUCAUCUUGGAACAGAAAGUGGGAGGAUACUGUGAUGUCUUAAUUCCUGUUGGAUUUUGUUCCACAGUUCAGGCUAAAAAUGCAGUUUCAAACACACAAGCCUUUUCCCUCUCUUUUCUACCAGGGAAGCAGAGCAGAGUUGAUGUAUCUCAGACUACAUAAAUUCAAGGCCUAGCAUUAACUCCCUGAAGUGUGGCCUUAUUUACAUUAAAACAAAUUUAGUGACUAUUUCUGAAACAAACGGGAUGGAUUUUCUUGGGUGUUGGUUCAUUCCCAAUAGUUCAGAGAUUAUUUUUCAAAGCACCAACUACUGCUUGCACAAAAGGAUUCUUUCUUGAUCGGCCAGACGCCAGGACUCAAGGCAUUAUUGUCCAAGACAAUUCAGGGGAUGUUACUCAAUUAAACAAAAAAUACCUUUGUUUUCAAGGUGUCCAACCUAAGUAUGAUUCUGGUCGAAGACAAAGCAUAAAUUGAUAGGUCUCUAUUAGACUAGAAGCCCAAGAGGAUUUUCUAUCUACUAUAGGUAUCAAUGUCUGUGAGAUUGCACUGCUUUUGAAGAGAGAAGGAAAAAGCUUUACUUUCAGCUGUGAGGAGCUGUGAAUCACCAGACCAGACAUUUCAAUAGCAAUUUGGCUGGAUGCAGGGUGAAUUACUUUUUUUCUAAAGAUACUUACAAGCAAACUUUCUACCAAAUAAACAAUGUUUCUAUUAAAACUCUACUGUCUCUUCUUUCUGUAUGCCACAGUUGGUUUUCCUGAUGGGAAGAUCCACCUCCUUCUUUACCAUCUUUGACUAAGAAAGGUACUUCUGUGUUCAUGCGUCUGCAUGGAUGUAAUAAUUCAAUUCCUACAACAACUGACAUUGAAGAGGACCUCUGAAGGUCCCAAGUCCAGUUCUCCACUCAGAACAGAUCUUACUAGACCAGUCUGCUCAGGUCCUUCU